AUGGCCGGAACCUAUAACGAAAAUGUCGAUAGGAUGAGGCCGACUGAGUAUCCGCAUAUGAACGUUGGAGUAUAUCUUGACCACAGUGGAGCCACGAUAUAUGCGAAAUCAGCGAUCGAAGGUUUCACCGAGAAGAUGCUGACAGGCUUGUACGGAAAUCCCCACUCGGAAAAUGCUCCCGCGAGGCUCUCCAGCAAUGUCGUUGAAGACGUCCGCGCGAAGACGCUAGAUUUCCUGGGUGCUAAUCCGGAACACUUCGAUCUUGUCUUUGUCGCAAAUGCUACAGCAGCUAUCAAGCUUGUAGGGGAAGCCUUCCGAGACUUGGGAGAGAAGACACGUUCGAAAUCAUUCUGGUACGGAUAUCACAGGGACGCGCAUACCAGCCUCGUUGGAGUUCGUGAGUGGUCGAACAACCAGUCGCACUGCUUCGAGAGUGAUGAAGAGGUCGAAGACUGGCUUCGUCGACCAGCUACUGCCGAUGUCAAACUGCCGGAUCGCCACUCCUUAGGCUUAUUUGCGUACCCGGCCCAAUCGAACUUGACUGGCAGGCGACUGCCCUUGGAAUGGGCACCGUUGGCCAUGACAUUUCCCAUGUCUCGAGUGUUUUCAGAUCCAGCAUCAUCACCGGACUUCACAUGCUUGUCUUUCUAUAAGAUCUUCGGUUUCCCGGACGUAGGGGCUCUGGUUGUCCGCAGAGAGUCUGGCCAUAUAUUGAGUCUUAGGAGAUAUUUCGGAGGUGGAACGGUCGAGGCUGUCGGUGUGAUCGAGGACGUCUUUCACCGUUCCAAGGGCCAAGAAGGACCUGAUGAAAAUCUGCAUGAAGGGCUGGAGGAUGGGACUCUCCCUUUCCAUAGCAUUCUCGCCCUUGGCGAAGCCAUCGAUUCGCACCAACGACUUUUCAUGUCGAUGGAGGUGGUGUCUGACCAUACACACGAUCUUGUCACGCGGUUGCAGCAAGGGCUCGUGGCGCUGCGGCACUACAAUGGGCGGUCAGUGUGUCAAAUCUACCAUUACAAACACCAGAAGCAAGACGAUGUCUCCGUCGGGAGCACCUUCAGACAUGGCUCAGCAGUUGCUUUCAAUAUCAUCGGUCAUGAUGGGAAAUAUGUUCCUUUCACGGAAGUUGAAGAAGCAGCGAAUCAAGCCGGAAUAUAUGUCAGGUCAGGAGGAGUGUGCAAUCCCGGAGGAAUUUACGCAGUCCUGGGAUAUGAGUCAUGGAUGCUGCAUCGCGCACUACAAGCAGGCUCCAUGUGUGGCAGAUCAGCCAAAGGUGUCCUCCAUGGGACACCUACCGGGGUGGUUAGAGCAAGUGUAGGUGCUAUGUCCACAAAAGCGGACGUUGACGCCCUCGUUCAAUUUAUCCAGGCCACCUUCAUGAAGGACCAACUCUGA